CGGUCCUACUUCAAAAGUUGCGCAAUUCAAGAUGGCGACUGGUUGUUUGAAUGUGUUGGAUCGAAGCGUUCGACUUGUGUUGAAUAAUUGGACGGUUCUUCAAUUAGCGGUAGAGCAGGGCUUCGGGGGAAUCGACAGCAGGGAGAAAGCAAGAUGGCUAGAGGAUGUUGUAUUACACGUUCUCGACGAGAAUGAUGUACUUGAUUAUACAGAACUAGAAGAUUACAUUGGAGAUAUACUUUACAAUGAAUUUCACACCCUUGCUGAAGAUGGAAGCCUGACUAAGGUAUCCCAAAAGUUAAUUAUGUUUCAAAAACUCUGGAAAGAGGGAAAUAUUGAGGUUAUGGAGAAAGAGAUAUGUGCUACCAAGCCAACAAAACUGUCAAAUUAUGUGAAGCAGAAGGCAGACCACAGUUUUGAUGGCACCAAAGACCAGGAUUCACAAACUACUGCAGUUAGUGAACAGAUGGAGGGACUACAGAUAGCUCCUUCAUCAGCCUGCAGUAACUGUCAAUCAAAUCAACAGAUAGAUGAGAGAGAACCAUCAACUAGAUCUGAUAGUGAGAUGGCCUCAAGCUCUACAAAGACUGAUAAACAACAAGAGGAAGAUGGCUGGGAGGUUGUUAGGCGAUCAAAAAAGAAGCAUUAAUUCUGAAAAUAAAUUUUACAUUAUGCAUGCCA